AUGCCUAUCGUGGCCGACCGCGUGAAGCUCCCAGCGUGCCCGACCUUUGUGGCCUCACCUUAUAUGGACCGCACGACCGCGGACUUCUUUGAAAAUCCGCUGCACCACGCCAGGGUUCCCGACCCUGCUGCCGAACGGCCUCCUUUCGUGAAGAUACUGGCCGACUCCCGGCAGAAGCUUUUGUUGUUGCAAGCUUUGGCCCGUUCUGGGCGACUCGAGCCCCUGAGCUCUGUGCCCCGUGAGCGUGAGGAUUGGGGCGCGGGCCUCUUCGCAGUUGCCAAGGAUGGUGCCAGGGAUCGCUUGGUGCUAGACGCACGACCAGCUAACGAGCUCGAAAACUUUCCUGGCAGGUGGGUGCACACGCUUGCUAGUGCAGCUUGCCUCGGGUGUUUGAAUUUGCGGCCAGACGAGGUGCUUAUAAUGUGUGGCACCGACCUGCAAGAUUGCUUCUAUCAGUUCAAGGCGACACCAGAAAGGCUUGUUCGAAAUCACCUUGCGUGCAAACUGACCCUCAGUGAAGCUGCCUUUGUGUUCGGGCGACCCGCUGACUCCUUCCAGGCUCCUGGCGGCUUCGUUUGGUGCGGGCUCUCAUCCCUGGCAAUGGGUGACAGUUCAGCGUGCGAGUUCGCACAGUGCAGCCACCUGGGCGUUUUGGCUCAGGCCAGAGUUGUGCAUGCCGGUGAGCUCUUGGUGCAAGCAGCCGCCCCUCCAAGGGGCUUGCUGUCUGUCGGCCUCGUCAUCGACGAUUUGAUAGUGUUGCAAAGGUGCCUCGCUUCUCAGCUCCCGUUCUUUGCUGAGAACCCAGGUAGGUCGGAAGCCUCCACACGGCUGCGAAGGGCGCUGGCUGGUUACGACUCAGCUCGGCUCAGGUACAGUGACAAGAAGACGUUUGAGGACAAAACCCAGGCUUCCUUUUGGGGGGUCGACUGUUGCGGAGUCUCCGGGCUCAUUCGAGCCAACCCUGCUCGGUACUGGCCCUUGGUGCUGAUCACCGUGCGAGUGCUUCAGUUGGGUCUUGCAACCAGGAGUUUGCUUGAAAGCCUGCUCGGCUCUUGGGUUUCAGUCUUCAUGUUGCGCCGGCGCAUGCUUAGCUUGGUGGAGUUGUGCUUCGCUGCUGUGCGCGGUGGGACGGCCCAGUCGAUCCUCCGCUUGAGCCCUGAGCUGAAAGCUGAGCUUGCUUCCUUCGUGUGCUUGGGCCACCUGGCAGUGGUAGACUUGCGAGCCCAGCCGCUCACUACUGUCAUCGCCUCUGAUGCUUCAAGCUCCUGGCAGGCAGCGGUCUCGGCUGAAGUUGCUCAGCCCGUCGUUGAGGAGUUCCAGCGACACUCGCUUCAACGAGGCGCGUGGACAAAGCUGCUCGCACCGCCCAGUGCUUGGCUCAAGGAGCAUAACCUUCUGCAGCCCGAGGCCGAGCUUCCGGGUGACUUCGAGUUCGUUGCAAACCCCGUCGCCGAGUGCCUUGCUAGAGUUCCGCAGUACAAGACUCGUUGGCGGCGCCAGUACACACGUCGCAUGCAUAUCAACGUCGCCGAGCUCGGCGCAUACCUUCACGAGGAGGCCAGGAAGAUCUGCCUCGUGGAUUUUGAACCGCAGGUACGUGCUCCCUCCAUGCUGAAGCCUGCCUGGUGGAUUUCGCUUGAAAAGGGUGAGGUUCAAGGUUCGGAGGCUUUUGAGCAGGACGACCUGCUUCUGCUUGGCGGGUCCAGGCGCGCCACCAGGUCAGAGGUCUCCAGGCCGAGGUUCGUGCAGCAUGCGGUGUGCUACAACGACGCUUCGGGUAAUUCCUCUGCGGUGCGAAGAGGCCGCUGGACUUGGCCGUAUGGGGCCCCUUGGGUGCUGACUUUCGACUCGCAGCGCUCUGCUGCAGAAGACUUGAGCUCUGUGGACUUACGAGCUCGGCUGGAGGCCUUGCUGUUGUCCGGUGCCUUUGCGGCCGUCGGCGGUUUGCCUUCGGCUUCCUCUUUCUCCCGGGCUAUACGCCCUCCCGUGUGCUCCAGAAGCCACCCUUUGGGCUUGUGGGACCUGUCUCCUUUCGUGCGUGCAAAAGUCCUUGCAGACAACUUUCUCGCUGAGUGGUUCUUGCAUAUCCGAAACUUGUGCGAUAAGCUUCAGGUGGUGUACUGGGUUGGGCAGCCGGACACUUCGCUGUGGUGGCUCUUGCCUGGUUGGGAGGAUGAGGCGUGGGCACACUCCGCCGCUACCUUUCGGGUGGAUAUGUGCCAGUUUGGGUGCCGGUGGAGGAAGCGCACGCGUGUCGCGACCAACUGCUCCCUCGGUGGUGCGCGGCUGCUUUGCAAAACCCCUGUCAGACAUCUUCGCCUGGCCGGUCACUCCUCCUCUUCUCGGCUUCCUUGGACUUCUCUUGCCGACACGGUGCCUGCAGGUUUCGCCGAUGCCUUGGCCGUUGGGUUGUGUGCAGCUGCUCAGUGGACUUCUGUUCGUCCUCUCGACCCUGCCGCGUGUGCCAAGCUCGGGUGCCUUUGCCGCGUUGGUGAAGCGAAGAAUCCCGGGCCCCGUCGCCGUGCUACCAACCGCACCGGGGACCUCGAGUCUCGUCCUCUUCAGUCCGGUGCUUCGCUGUUCCUCGGCUCCUCCGCCUGGUCGGCCUUUCUGCGUUGGGUUUCCCCUUCUCUGUCUGUCGACCCGGUCAGUCUCUUCGUCGUAUGUCCUCUUUUAGCUGCCAUGGCCCUGCGAGCUUAUGGAAAUGAGCUCUUUCAAGCUGGUGGCUCGAAGCACACCUUCAGGUACACUCUGGUUGGUGCUCAAAGAGCGAUUAUUUCGCUGAAGGGCUCCCUGGGGCCUGCCUGGGAAUUACUGUCAAGGUGGGAAGCGGUGGAACCUGUUAUACACAGGACGCCAGUGCCCGAGCCGCUGCUUUUGGCGAUGGUGACUCUUGCUUGGCUGAGAGGCUAUAAGCGCUGGUGUGGCUGUGCGCUGCUGGCCUUCUACGGUAUGGCCAGAGUUGGUGAAGUCCUAGCCUGCCAACGACGACACCUUCUGCUCCCUGAGGACCUCUUCUUGUUCUGCCCCGCGGUCUUUCUGCGCCUCGACUCGUCGAAGACGUCGUUGCGCGGAAGGCCCAAAGUGCAGCACAUACGCGUCGACGACGUCCGUGCCAUGGCUUUGAUACAGACCGCUUUCGCCGACCUUGAGCCCAACGAACGGUUGUACCCUUUCAGCCCAAGUGCUUUCCGCACCAGGUGGGACCGCUCGCUACAAACCCUGGGUUUGCAAGGCUUGGUGGCUGUGACGCCAGGCGGGCUCAGAGGUGGAGGGGCCGUUGCGGCCUACCAUCGCGGAUGUCCGAUCUCGGACAUCCAAUGGAAGCUUCGUUUAAAGCACAUGGCUACACUCGAGCACUACCUUCAGGAGGUGGCCGCCUUGAGUGCCCUUGAAGGCGCCACCGAGGAUGCGAGAACCACUUUGCGUACAGUUCUGCAGCUUUUUCCUUUUCAGGCUUAA